AUGUCGAAGUCAGAGUUGCCCAAGGAGCCCGAGCAGCUGCGGAAGCUCUUCAUCGGAGGGCUGAGCUUUGAGACGACCGAUGAGAGCCUGAGGAGCCAUUUUGAGCAAAGGGGCAUGCUCACGGACUGUGUGGUAAUGAGAGACCCGAACACCAAGCGCUCCAGGGGCUUUGGGUUUGUCACCUACGCCACCGUGGAGGUGGAUGCGGCCAUGAACGCAAGGCCACACAAAGUGGAUGGAAGAGUUGUGGAACCAAAGAGGGCUGUGUCGAGAGAAGAUUCCCAAAGACCAGGUGCCCACCUCACUGUGAAAAAGAUCGCCAUGGGUGGCAUUAAACAAGACAUUGAAGAGCAUCACCUCCGAGAUUACUUUGAGCAGUACGGGAAAAUCGAGGUGAUUGAGAUCAUGACUGACCGAGGCAGUGGCAAGAAGAGGGGCUUUGCUUCUGUGACCUUCGAUGAUCAUGACUCUGUGGAUAAGAUUGUCAUUCAGAAAUACCACACUGUGAACGGCCACAACUGUGAAGUGAGGAAGGCCCUGUCGAAGCAGGAGAUGGCCAGCGCUUCGUCCACCCCAAGAGGUCGAAGUGGUUCUGGGAACUUUGGUGGUGGUCAUGGAGGUGGUUUGGGUGGCAAUGACAACUUUGGUCGUGGAGGAAACUUCAGUGGUCGUGGUGGUUUUGGCCGCAGCCGCGGUGGUGGUGGUUAUGGUGGCAGUGGGGAUGGUUACAAUGGAUUUGGUAAUGACGGAAGCAAUUUUGGAGGCAGCGGAGGCUACAAUGAUUUUGGCAAUUACAACAAUCAAUCUUCAAAUUUUGGACCCAUGAAGGGAGGAAAUUUUGGAGGCAGAAGCUCUGGCCCUUAUGGUGGUGGCGGCCAAUAUUUUGCCAAACCACGAAAUCAAGGUGGCUAUGGCGGCUCUAGCAGCAGCAGCAGCUAUGGCAGUGGCAGAAGGUUUUAAUGACUGCCAGGAAACAAAGCUUAGCAGGAGAGGAGAGCCAGAGAAGUGACAGGGAAGCUACAGGUUACAACAGAUUUGUGAACUCAGCCAAGCACAGUGGUGGCAGGGCCUAGCUGCUACGAAGAAGACAUGUUUUAGACAAUACUCAUGUGUAUGGGCAAAAAACUGGAGGACUGUGUUUGUGACUAAU